UAUGUUUCAACUUCUCAAAGGUGCCCAAGCUAUGCAGAAUCACAGAAUCUAACAUCUAUACCAUUGUUCCAUCUCCUGAGUCUCUCAGAGGAUCCAGAGCUGCAGUCUGUCCUUUUUGGACUGUUCCUGUCCAUGUACCUCAUCACAGUACUUGGGAACUUUCUCAUUAUCCUGGCUGUCAUCUCUGACUCCCACCUCCAUACUCCCAUGUACUUCUUCCUCAGCAACCUCUCCAUGGCUGACAUUGGCUUCAUUUCAACCACAGUCCCCAAAAUGAUUAUGAACAUGCAAACUCACAGCAAUGUCAUUUCCUAUGUGGGCUGCCUCACACAGAUGUCGUUUUUUCUGAUUUUCAUAUGUAUGGAUGACCUGCUUCUGACUGCAAUGGCCUAUGACCGGUUUGUGGCCAUCUGUUACCCCCUGCAUUACUCAGUCAUUAUGAACCCUCACCUCUGUGGCAUCUUUGUUUUGGGAUCUUUUUUGUUUGGCCUAUUGGACUCCCAGCUGCAUAGUUUGCUUUUCUUGCAAUUCCCCUACACCAAGAAUGUGGAAAUUUCUAAUUUUUUCUGUGGCCCAUCUGAACUUCUAAGCCUUGGAUGUCCUGACACCUUCACCAGUAACAUGGUCAUGUAUUUCAUUGUUGCCAUUUCUGGAUUUCUUCCUGUUGCAGGGAUCUUUUUCUCUUACUAUAGAAUUGUUUUAUCCAUUCUGAGGGUCCCAUCACCAGGUGGGAAGUACAAAGCCUUCUCCACCUGUGGCUCCCAUGUGUCUAUUGUUUGCCUGUUUUAUGGAACAGGACUUGGAGUGUACCUUAGCUCAGCUGUAUCACAUUCUCCCAGAAAUGGUGCACUCGCUUCAGUGAUGUACACGGUAGUCACCCCUAUGCUGAAUCCUUUCAUCUACAGCCUGCGGAACCAGGAUAUCAAAAGAGCCCUAUGGAAGAUUUUUCAUCACACCACUCUUUUCUGGUAUCACAAUAUUUAUUUGAGAGAUACAUUAGAAUAG